AUGCGCUUGAGUUUUAGUUUCGACGACAACACUGUUUACAAGCCCCUCUCUCCCGCAACAAACGCCGCAGGUACGACAAUAGCAGCAGCAACAACAUUACCAACUUACCAACUUGAUGGUGGAGGUGGUGGUGGGGCUGUGAAUGUGAAUGUGAAUAUGGGGAAUAUGAGUGGUGGAGAGCAAGCUAAUAGGAAAAGAAGGAGACCCAGAAAGUAUGGUCUAGAUGGGUCUAUGGCUUUGGGUCUCACUCCUACGGCUCAGCCUGUACCUAUAGCUCAGACUCAGUCAAGUGGUGGAGGUGGGUUUUCAUCUCCUCAUCCAGCUCCAGCUCCUCCUUCGGCUCCAGCAUCGCUUCCUUCUAGAGGAUCAGCGCCACCCACUUCGUUCAAGAAAGCUAGGGGCAAACUGCCUGGUUCUAAUAGCAAGAAGCACCAAUUGGAAGCUUUGGGUACUUAUUUUUUGUUGAAUCUAUAUUUGGGUUUGCUUUUUAAAGUUUAA